UGUGGCCAUUGCCUAGUGCUUGUCAGCUAAUAACCCAUAUGAUCAUGGUUCAUGGAAGAAGAAGAGGCUCUGCUUUUUAGGAAUGUUGAAAACUCUCUCUCUCCACCGAAAUAUCAUUCAGAUUCAUUCUUGGUCCAAUGGAUGUCUAAUCCACUGCAGGAAAGUCUUAUUGACGAACUACCUUUCCUUCCGUCCCAUCUCGACUCUACACUCGAGUUCCAAAUCGAAUGUCAACUCUAAACCUCCAUCGUCCAUGGCCGCUUCUCCUCCUCCUCCUCCUCCUCCGCCUCUCUGCUGCCCAUCUCCGCCCACCAACCCCCGCCAGCUGCCACCCCACCUGCGGUACCCUCCCCGUCAAAUACCCCUUCGGCACCGGCCCCGGCUGUGGCCACCCCGCCUUUGCCACCUAUAUCAAGUGCUCCUCCGCCGGCACCCUCCAAUUCUCCACCGCCGCCGGCGUCUACACCGUCGCCUCCAUCGACUACCCAUCCAGCACUGUCAUCAUCACCGACCCUCUCAUGUCCAACUGCACCUCCAUGCAGAACUCUGGCAGCUUCAGCCUCGACCGCUCCGCCCCCUUCACCCUGGCGGCCGCCACCACCUUCGCCCUGCUCGGCUGCUCCGCCACCUCGCCGGUCUUCGACGAAAGAGAGGAGUUCUGCGACACCGGCUCCGGUUCGCUCAUCUGCCGGGGCUUGUACUCCUGCCAAGGCGUCGUUGGAAUAGGGCUGGCGCAGGAUGCCCCGGUGUCGAGCUGCUGUGUUUACGAGCCGGAGAUUGUGCUUGGGUCGGGGUUCGGUCUGGAUCUUCCGAAGCUGCAGUGUUCGUCUUAUAGCGCCAUUUAUGGGUUUGGAGGGCAUGAAGGGGAGCCCAUGAAAUGGGAGUAUGGGAUUUCAUUGCAGUACAAUGGAUCGUAUUACAAUGAAUCGUGCAAGAACUGUGAGGACAGUGGAGGAUUGUGUGGUUUUGCUGGGGCGGAUGAGUCCUUCGCCUGUAUCUGCAGCAAUGGGGUCAACAGCACCAACAAUUGCCUUGGCAGAGGGUACGCUUGGAGUGGAACGUGGAGACCCACAAAUACAAUUGAAGCCAAGAUGCUCGUUGGAGGAUAUCUUCUCUUGUGGAUGAUGCUGGUCAUGUGAAGCAGAUGUAUUCAUGUACGGAAGAGCCAUGCAGCUGCCGAGAACUGAGCUUGUUUGUCGCCCAUCUAAUAGAUAGGGCUGGCUAUAUUUAGUAUUUGAUUUUUGUACCAUUCUAAUUUCUUGCACCUUUGAAAUAGAUUAUUGAUAUUUUGUUUUUAUACAGUCAAUGAUUGAACCUACCUACGUUAUUGAAGCAGAAGCAACAGUUGUUUUUUUUUU